CUCACAGGAGUUUCCUCCAGAGUCGCCGCAGAGCUCCACACGACAGACACCCGUCAUCCAAUCAGCACUGGAGAGGGACCGGCAUGUGCUGGAUUGGUGGUGCCCUGUAUCGAGUGUCAGCCAAUAAGCUGUCCCGCACAGUGGCGUCCGACAUGUCGAUCAAUCGAACAGGGAGAAGUUUCAGCUUGUCUCACCUCUCACCUGGGACCGCUGCUUUGAACCGGCCCUUCAGCACCCGUCAUCUGGCCAGCCGUGCGGUCCAGCGGAGCCUCGCCAUCAUCAGACACGCUCGUCAGAAGAAGCAGCCGAGGCAGUACUGUAUGUACUACAACCGCUUUGGCAAGUGUAACCGUGGCAGCAGCUGUCCCUACAUCCACGACCCCGAUAAGGUGGCUGUCUGCACCAGGUUUCUUCGUGGGACGUGCAAGCAGGCAGACGGGACCUGCCCAUUCUCACAUAAGGUGGCCAAGGAGAAGAUGCCGGUGUGCUCGUACUUCCUGAAGGGAAUCUGUAACAACAGCGACUGUCCCUACAGUCACGUCUACGUGUCCCACAAGGCUGAAGUGUGUGAGGACUUUGUUAAAGGCUACUGUCCCGAAGGAGAGAAGUGUAAGAAGAAACACACUCUAGUUUGUCCAGACUUCUCUAAGACCGGUUCCUGUCCACGUGGAGCUCGCUGUAAGCUGCAGCACCGUCAACGAGCUAACAAACGAAGCUCCAACACCUCCACCACCCCGGCCAAGAAAGCUCGCACCAAGGAGCUUUCCAAGAGGCCUCGCUUGUCUGUCGUCAUACCGCCGGGCUCUCCGGCAGCUCCAGGUACGCCCGCCGCCGCCGCCGGCCCUCUGGAGCUGCCGUCCUUUAUCUCCCUCUCCAGCUCCCCGGAGGAAGCGGACGCACCGGACACACUGCCAGCAGAGAGCUCACAGGUCAAAGAGAAGAAACUGCAGAUCAAGCCUCGGCUGUGAUGGAAAACACACGUCGAUGUGCCGAUUUCUGAUCUCCAGGUUUGUCCUGACAGGUCUAUCUGUAUCUGACUUACUGAAUCACUCAGGGCAUGAAGUUUAUAUCUCCUGUAUCUAUAAACCAGUUUUACAUAUCAAUUUAUGUGUUUACAAGACAGGUUUGUUUUAUUUUUUCCCUCAUCAGGUUUUUUUUUUUUUUGUAAAUUUUAAAAAGUAUGAAUAAAAGAUGA